AAAUUUGGUUUUUCAUACAUAAAUGGCAAAAUGACAGAUGUUGCACAAGUUUUAAAACUAUGCUAUAGAAAAACUGAUGUUUUUGUGCAUUUUCUUAUAAUAUUAUUUGGCAUUUCUGCAUGGAUUGGUAUCAAUGGAAUAUUUAUUCAAAUACCAGUACUUAUCAAUACUUCUCCAGAAGGUUGGACAUUACCAGCGUACUUAGUAUUAGCGACACAUGCUGCAAAUUUUGGUCCUUUACUUUAUACAAUCUUGCAAUAUUUUCAUUACAAAAUAAAUGAACCUUGGUGGAUACUAUGUUUGUUGAUAUCAGGAACUUCAGCAAUGGGAUUUUUAAGUUUCUUUUAUUCCGAAAAAAUUAUCAUUGCCGGUCAUGAAUACAGUCUAGUAUUGUAUAUUUUAACAUUUUUCAAUGCUUUAGUAGGUUGCUUUAGCUCUGUUUUAUUUAUGCCGUACCUUCGCAAUUUUAGUGAAAAAUGUUUAACAUCCUUCUUUAUAGGAGAAGGAUUAAGUGGUGUACUGCCAAGUAUAGUUGCUUUAAUACAGGGAAUUGGAGAUACUUCAGAAUGUUCAAUUCAUAAAAAUAAUAGUAAUGUAGAAUCUUCAGAUUCUUUUAGUCUAAAUUUUUCCCCAGAUGUGUAUUUUCUUUUCAUUUUUAUUAUUUUAUUUCUAUCUUUAACUGCUUUCGCUAUUUUAGAAUAUUCUUUAAUUCGAAACACGAAACAACCUCGUGGUACUAGCAGUGCAAUUUUCAGUAAAAAACAGGCAAAUAUUUCGCCUUGUGAUCAUUAUUCUAAUGAUAUACAAAAAAUGAAUCAUUAUUGUACAGAUUCUAAUAAGCAUCUGACUAAACGAACGCGACAUUAUUUAUUUACACUGCUUGCUAUUUUCUGCUUUUUAAGCAACGGUUUCUUUCCUAGCAUACAAUCUUACUCUUGCUUACCUUAUGGAAAUAUAGCAUACAAAUUAUCAAUCACUUUUACUCAAUUUGCAAAUCCAAUUGUGUGUUUGUUAGCAUUCUGGUUAAAAGUAUCAAGUGUAAAAAUUAUUAAUUACUUAUCUGUAAUAUGUUUACUUAUUGGAAGUUAUGUUACAUAUUUAGCAUUAAUGUCUCCAACUCCUCCCUUACAAGCAACAAAACUUGGCAUUUUCCUAGUUAUUUUUUCAUGGACACUCUUGAUAGGAUUUAUUUCUUAUUUAAAAUUAAUUAUUGUAUCAAUAUUUAGAACUAUAAUGAUCCCCAAUAUACUCUUCAAAGCAGGUAUAAUUAUGCAAAUAGGUUCUGCAAGCGGUGCAAUAUUUUCAUUUAUUUUAAUCAACUUUACAAAUUACUUUGAAAUGCAGACUGAUUGUUCUUAAAUUGUGAAAGUUGGCAUUGUAAAUAUGAUAACUUGAAUGUUUUAUAUAUUGUAUGUACAGAGUAAUAAUUAUUAUAGUACUUUCAUUGAGACAUGUAUUUAAUUGAUUUAGAUAUAAAAAUGUAAUUCUCUUUAUCAGUACAGCUUUAAUCAAGGAAAAUAAUAAGGCAAAUAAAUUUAUAUCUAUAAAGAUAUUUUUAUAAUUGUACAUGUGUCUGCAUUUAUAUAUAAACAAAUAUAGAGACAAAUGAAUAAUACAAAGCAAUUGUACAAAUAAUGAAUGAAUAUCAAAGAAAUUGGAUAUAAAAAAAUAUAUAAAUAUCUAAUCUGUUUCAUCUUAAGUAUUGUUUUUCAAUGCCGUGUGCUUAAGAUAUAUUUAUUAUAUGUAACUACAUGUAUGAACAUAUAUUCGACUGGCUUCGAAUUACAUUUGCAAAAGGAAAAAUCGUUAUAUUGUCUAUGGGAAUUGUUUAUAAUAUAAUAUUAAUAUUGUUUCAAAUAAAUAUGUUCCGAAA